CCCGUUCGAUUAUUCCCGUCUAGUGCUUGAAAUCCCCCUUGCUAGGAGCUCUCAUACUACUCAGGCUAUCCCGGUGACCAGCCAUCCCUAGUGACUAGGCAGGAACUAUGGGACACGCUCAAAAACCUUCAGUCGACAGCGAGAUGCAUGAGCUCAAUGCCGAGGCCGAUUUUCUCGAGCAGAAGAUCACAGUCGCCCCGGUUGGCGCAAGCGGAGAGGACGCGAGGGUGCAACCACAGCAAUCUGACCCGGACGCACAGGCAAUGGUCAUCGAGUCCCUCCGCAGCCAAGUUCAGGACCUCUUCUCGCAAGUGUCGCAACUCAAUAACAAACUCGUCCGCUCUUACGACCGUGUUUCCGACUUGGAAGAUGAGCUUCACGUAACAUCGCAGAAUCUACGUCAGGCCACCAUCAAGGUCGGCCAACUCGAGCUCGAACGCACACAGCAUCUCUCCGCGCUCAGCACCGGACUCCUCGUCGAGAAGUCGCAUGUGACAUCUGAGCUGACGCGUCUCAUGGAGAAAGCCACCGAAGAGGCGGCACGCCGUGGCCAGGCCGAGAGUGCUCGCGCUGAAAUCGAGAAGGAAUUAGACGAUCUCAGCGCUGGCCUGUUCGACCAAGCGAACCGGAUGGUGGCUGAGGCACGUAUCGCCGAGGCCAAGAGUGCGCGGAAGGUCGAGGAGACGGAGGCGGCCCUUCGAAGCGCAGAGGAGAUCGUCGGCGCUCUGCAGGCCCAGAUGCAAACGUUGGAGGCAGACAAGGAACAGGCAGACAGGAGAGUGGAGGAGAUGAGGUUGCGUAUGGGCAAGGGCAAGUGGGUCGAACAUGGAGUGAAUCAUACCCACACAGUCCGGCGGCAUCUCUUCGCGUCGCAUGUCCCUUACCACGAAUUCCUCGUCUUUGUGUCGCAUCUGCGAGCUAUUCGUCCGGCAUCGCCACAUCCACCCGCCAUGUCUACCCUCACCCCUUUACCGUUCUUGGCAAGAAUCAUUGCUGAGGACUCCGAUCCAACUGUGCGCUUGGACCUCGCUCCCUCGCUGAACUGGUUGUCAAGACGUUCCGUGAUAGGGGCGAUUCACAGUGGUCAACUCACGAUUGAGCCUAUACAAUUUACGACCCUUCUGGAGGAGCUGGCUCCACCGAAUAUACCCACUAGCCACCAUCAUACCCACGUCGUCUGCGCCCUCUGCGGGAUGUUGAUAUACUCUUCGGCCAGCGACUCCUCACCCAGUACACCUACUACUCCCUAUCCUUUGCGCUCCGGCUCGCAAAGCGCGUCUUGGUCUACCACUCUCUUCAAAAACGUGCGUUCUGGUGAGAUUACUUUGCCAGCGUUAACGGGCCAGAAUCAUCGACAUACGCCUUCGUUCGGCUCUGCUCCCACGGAGCCCCCGACACAGGUGUACAUUUUCCGCCUCGAUUCUACUUCCUCCGGCCUCCCCAUGUCCCUUCCCUUAUCAACCCAGCAGCCUGGAACGCCGACGCGCCAGGCGAUCUACCCCCUCUGCACCAGCGGGUGGUGCCUCGCUCGGCUGCGCACGACAUGCUCGCUGUGGGCGUUCGUCCGCACAAGCAUCGUCGAGAAGGUUUGGGAAGAGCCACCCAUGCCCACUCCGACACACGGCAUUCCCAAGCCAGGCGUCAAUGGCUUCGAGAAGAAGCCGUCAUCCGAAGGCGAGAAUGUCAACGAUCGCAACAGCUCCUCUACGCGAGACUCCUCCCCCCGUCGGCCUAAGGUGGGCUCGGCGCUUGGCUCGCUGUGGGGCUCGAUGCAGCGCAGCUUGAGCGGGACUCCUGCGGUGUCGAAGUCGCAGUCGACAGAGAAUGUGAGCACGAAGAUAUCUGAGCCCCCCAAGGAGAGACCCAAACUGCCGCCGAGAGACCCGUCGCGGAAGACGCUGCCCCCGCCUCCUCCUACUCACCCGGCGGUCUCGCACUCGCCGAGGAAUUCGACAUCACAGUCCUCGACGAACGCUACGGUGCAUCGUGUGCCGCCUCCCUUCAAGGAGGAGAAGGAGUCGCUUCCUCCAGUCGUUGCUGCUGCUGCUGCUGCUGCUGCUUCGCCGCCGCCGCCUUUGCCGAAGAGGAAUAGGGGAAGGGAAAGGACGAUUACGCCGGAGCUAAAUGGGGACGUCAAGGCCUCUACGGACACUGCUCACCCAGAAGCGUCUUCUACGGAGCAACCAAAGGAACCUUCCGCCCCCGCUCCUCAGGAAGAAACCGCGCCCGCACUUAAAGAGCCCGAAGCAGCCGUUGGGGCGCCCGCCAAGCAAGAGGCUCCCCAUGCAGAGGGAGAGGCGAAGGCCGCCGCCGCAGAUGAGGGCGCGGCACCCAAAUCCGGGCUUAUCGUCGCCACUGGCCCCAUCUCUCAAAGCACAUCGACGGAGUCGUUCAGCACACCCACGGAGGAGCUUCAGGUCGACAUCGCCGCCAAGGCUCCGUCGUCAGAACCGUCGUCAGAGCCGUCCCCACAGAAAACCCCGACGACCGAACAGGCACCUGCAGUCGAGUCUGCGCCCGAGAUCGUCUCCGCAGAGCCGCCCGCGAUUGAGGCUGCUGCCUCAACGCCUACUACGGCUACUCCUGUCGCCGAGGCGAAGUCUCAGCCGCCUUCGCGGACGGGAUCUCCUGCUCCGCCACCGUUGCCUCGCCGUGCUGCUGCAAGGACGCGUCCAUUGUCCGCGCUCGUACCUCAGAACGAAGAGCAGCCGAAGCGGGAUAGCAUUGACGUACCUUCACAGACGGAGGCUAUCCCUGAGCCCGCGCCUGUCACGGAAGAGCCUACGUCUACAGAGCAGAAGGCCGAGGAAGCGAAAGAAACUGUCCCGGAGCAGACGCAGGAUGAGGCUAAGGAGAACAGUGAUGCCGAGGCGUCUGCGCCUGCCCCUGAGGCGUCGUCCGAUGCGCCCGCCCCGGUUGAGCCUAUCGCAGUUGUCGAUGCAACAUCACAUAUCACGGAGGAACCACAGUCUAUAGCCGCUACAGAGAAUCCCCCUGCGACCCCGCCUACUGAGGACAGCGCGCCUGCAUCUGAUUCUGAUGCUGUCGCUGCCCCCGCUGACGUGCUGAAAACGGAUCUCGCCACCGCUCCUGCAGAGAAGACGUCCCUUGUCAACGGUCACGCGGAGUCUGCGCAUUCGGAAUCUGAGUCUGUCUCUGAGGCUCCGCCUGCCUAUGCUCCAGGAGAAGUUCAGGCGAAUGGGGACAGCAAGGAAAAGCUUGUAGACAACGUCGCGGAGGAACCGGACAACGGCCAAUACAUCGGCGACGCGACGUGGGAGGAGCGCACGUACAAAGAGCUCGUCCGACUGCGGGAAGAGAUGUUCUGGGCACGUAUUGGUGCUAUCGUGCACUAACAACCCUUCUAUUCAUUUUCGUCGGGUAGAGCGAGCGAGACGACAACGAAAUCGCUGUAUGCGUGGGGUGCGUCCUGACGGGGCGCGUGGUAUCUAUGUGGUCUAUAUGGUUUAUUGUAGCUGUUGUUGUACGGAAACUGAUCUCUGUCUAGACAAGAAUUAAGUAUGCC